AUGAAGAAGAGUGGGAACGAAGAGGAUAUGGCUAAAAAAAGGAAUCGCCAACAACGGCGACCGCAUCGCCGUCAAAGACGCAGGAAAAGUAAAGUUAAAGCCACAGAAAAGGCUUCACAGUCGCAAAGGCUGACGCAAUUGGAAAUUUGUGCCAUGCUACACAAUUGGCACCAACAACAAAUGUUACAUCUCUGCGGAGUUCAGGAAACUGAAGUGAGGGAGGAAGAAGAACCUAAAACCAAUUGCCUAGAUUAUGUUUGGGAAAGUUCUUCAGAGGAGGAGGAGGAGCAAACAGAACCCGUUGACGAAAACUAUUUAAAAUUUUUAGAGAUCACCAUACGACAUCAGGAGGAAUUGAAACAAAAACGAGAACGAGACCAAACCGAUGCUACUGCCAAUCCCACUGAUGACUUGACCACAACUACGGUUAUUUAAUAUUAAGUCACUUAAAAUUAAGACGAAAUUUUGACAAGAAACUAAGUUUUGUUUCUGUUUUGUAAGAACUUGUCGUGGGCGUUUAAGCGCAAAAUUCUUUUGAAUUAGAAAUAAUAACUGUACAUUUACUUCUAA